AGAAAAAGAUCAAGCUAAAAAAGAGUGAGAUAGACAACUAUUUAACAAAAAAAAAAUUGAUUUCAUUGAUUGAGUUGAGAUUUGUGUUUUUGAAAGAAAUCGUCAAAAAGUAUUAAAUUACGAAAUUGUUCGAUGAAAAUAAAGAGGAAGGAAAUAUAACGAUUAAUAUCGUGUAUUGUAGUUCCUAUCCGAGGGGCUUCUCUUCUCUCAAAAUAGUAGGGGUGUAUUGUAGUUCGUGCAGUGACCCGUACAGAUUUUCGUCGUAUAAAAUGUCGGGCGAUCACAAAACUCUGAUAAAAGGCAGUCCAUCGCAAUACGUGAAGCUAAAUGUGGGCGGUACUCUCUUUUACACUACGCUUGGUACACUGACCAAGAGUGACAAUAUGCUGAGGACGAUGUUCAGUGGGAGGAUGGAGGUGCUCACAGAUUCUGAAGGCUGGAUACUUAUUGACCGGUGUGGCAAGCAUUUUGGGACUAUACUAAAUUAUCUCCGUGAUGGUACAGUUGCACUGCCAGACAGUUACCGUGAAGUUAUGGAGUUAUUAGCUGAAGCGAAAUACUUUCUGAUUGAGGAGUUGACAGAAUCAUGCCAGCAAGCUUUGGCAAAGAAGGAGAGAGAAGCAGAGCCUAUUUGCAGAGUGCCCCUUAUUACAUCGCAUAAAGAGGAGCAGUUGCUUAUUAUGUCAACAUCCAAGCCUGUGGUGAAGCUGCUUAUCAACAGACACAACAACAAAUAUUCAUACACAAGCACUUCUGAUGACAACCUUCUAAAGAAUAUUGAAUUGUUUGACAAAUUGUCACUACGCUUCAGUGGCAGAGUUCUUUUCAUAAAAGAUGUUAUUGGAUCCAAUGAAAUAUGUUGCUGGUCCUUCUUUGGACACGGAAAGAAGUGUGCUGAGGUUUGCUGCACGUCCAUUGUGUAUGCCACUGACAAGAAACACACUAAGGUAGAGUUUCCAGAAGCUAGAAUUUAUGAAGAAACAUUAGGAAUAUUAUUGUAUGAGAGCAGAAAUGGACCUGAUCAGGAUUUGAUUCAAGCUACGUCGUCUCGCGGUGCUGUUGGAGGGCUGUCCUGCACCAGCGAUGAGGAGGAGGAGCGCUCGGGCUUGGCGCGUCUCAGAUCGAAUAAGCAGAAUAACCAGUCUUAGCGGUUACAGUCUGGCUUGGCGCGCCUUAGGAGCUCUAAACGCACUAAUGUCUGAUACCAAGCUGGAAUCUCUCUGCCAUGUUGUUGGCUGCCAUGCUUUGGUCUGUAGAUUUUAUGAGCUGUGCCCAUGCCUUGUUCUCUAUGGGUCUCUAUUUCUACGAGCUCUCUUGGGGAUGUGAAUGGUUACGAUGGAAUGGAAAUAGCAUUUACGAUUCAAAAGCAGGUGGAAAAAACUGAUUGGACAUCUUUAAGUGUUUACAUAUCCAUGUUGUGUUAGUUGGUGUAAGUGCGUCACAAAAUAGUAAAUAGAAAAAGUAUAUCAAUGACAGUCCAGUGUUAGAAGAAUAGCUGGUAGUGACAUUGAGAUUGAUUAUGCUGGAAUUUCUGUAUACGAUGCAUUCAUAAUACCAAACAAAAUCAAGUGUAGUGUAAUUUAGUAAGGAUAUAAGAAAUUAACAUGAUAAAGAAUUCUAUUUUUUCCCCCCAACUUAUUACUUGUGUCUUGUAAACUAGAUUAAAAUGUAAAAUAGAAUGUUAUUAUUGUAGCUACUAAGAAUUCGUAAACAAUGUGUACAAGAUUCACAGUACAUUUACAUGGUACUUUAAAUUAAUGGUAUGCAUAUAAUCACAUUACAUAGCUCAAGAAAUUUGCCAAAUCAGUGUUGUUUAGAUGUUAGGACAACAUUCCUGAAAUAAUGGUUAAGAAGCUCAUUAAGGAAGCAAGUAUUGUAUUCAUGUCGAACAAGUAAAAUAAUAGUCUAUUUGCUAGAUGAGUGAGUACUUAUCACUAUGUCCAAUGUAGUGCAGAUAGCUGCACAUUCCUACAUAGCCGCAUUAGUACAAUAUGAAUAUUUAUGGUCCUUAGGCAUAUAGGAAAUUUUUUACAAAAAUAAUUUUAAUUCAGUCCUACUGUUUUUACACUUUGUUGUUGAGAUGCCAUUUUGUUUAAGUAGUCAGAUUGUUGAGCAAAGUCUAGUCUGAUAUGUAUUUUAAUUUAUCCUAUUAAAUUAUGUUGAAUUUGUGCAGUGGCUGAUGAACGAUUGGGAGGCUAUUUAUUAAUAUUAAUAAUGCAAUAAUUACAAGUCAUUAAUUACUGCACAAAUGUAUAUUUUUAUGGGAGAUGCUCUUAUUUGUCCAC